GUUUCUAACUGGACCAAAAUUCCACCACCACUUUUCAAAAAAGUUGUCAUUGUGCUGAUAGAUGCUUUGAGAGAUGACUUUGUGUUUGGGUCCAAAGGUGAACAGUUCAUGCCGUAUACUAAACAAGUUAUUGAAAAAGGGGCAUCCUACAGUUUCAUUGCUGAAGCGAAGCCACCCACUGUCACUAUGCCUCGAAUUAAGGCUUUGAUGACGGGUAGCAUACCUGGUUUCAUUGAUGUUAUUGUGAAUCUCAACUCUCCAGCUCUGUUGGAUGACAAUCUGAUAUGGCAGGCAAAAACAGCUGGGAAAAGAAUAAUCUUUUAUGGUGAUGAUACUUGGGUUAAAUUGUUUCCAAAGCAUUUUGUGGAAUAUGAUGGAACAACAUCCUUUUUUGUGUCAGACUUUACAGAGGUUGAUGAUAAUGUUACCAGGCAUUUGGAUAAAGUGUUCAAGAGAGAAGACUGGGAUCUCCUAAUACUGCAUUACCUGGGGUUGGACCAUAUUGGACAUGUGACUGGGCCAAACAGCCCAUUAGUUGGAACAAAACUGCGUGAAAUGGAUAACAUCCUGAAGAAGAUUCAUAUUUCUCUUCUUUCGAAGGAAGAAGAAGCCUCUCUGCCCAAUUUGCUAGUUGUUUGUGGGGAUCAUGGGAUGUCUGAAACAGGUAGUCAUGGUGGUUCUUGCAGGAAAAAAAACACACCACUACUGUUUAUCAGCUCUGCUUUUGAAAAGAGAAGUGGUCCUCUAACACAACCUGAAGUUGUGCAACAAACUGAUUUAGCUAGCACUCUGGCAGUAGGUCUUGGUCUACCAAUUUCAAGAAACAGUGUUGGGAACCUUAUAUUGCCAGUUGUGGCAGGCAGGACGAUGAGAGAACAACUGCGUUUUGUGCACUUGAAUGGGUUCCAACUUAGUAGACUGCUGCAAGAGAAUACACCUGCAUAUGAAAAAGAUCCUGGAUAUGAACAUUUUAAGAUAGCAGAAAAGUCCCAUGCCAGUUGGAUCAAACUGUAUUUAGAGGGGAAUAAUUCAGAAAUACUCUUAAAUCUUGGCAAAAAAGUUCUGAAGCAAUAUUUGGAGGCCCUGAAGACUCUGAGUUCUUCACUAAGCAAGCAAGUGGCACAAUAUGACAUGUAUUCGAUGAUGGUUGGGACUGUGAUCAUUAUGGAGGUUCUGCUGCUGCUUUUGCUUAGUAUUCCAAAAGCCCUGAGCAGUCGGGCAGAAUUUGAAGUGCCACUUUCCCCUCCACUAUUCUCCCUGCUGUUUUACUUGGUGUGUCUGAUGCUUUGUGCAAUUCACGUCAUUGUAUGCACAUCGGCAGAAAGUUUAUGCUAUUUCUGCAGUAUGUCCUGGUUCACAGCAGUUGGAGUGAUGAUGCUGAUAUCUGCACUCAUGUGUGGUAUUUUAUCUGCCAUUGCAAAGAUCUUUGAGAAUUCCAGACUUCCAGUGAAGAAUCCAGUUGUGUCCAGUUCCAGCUGGUCAGAAAUCGAUGUGCUGAUUCUGGCUGGAACAGUUGGCCAUGUUUUGAGUUUGGGGGCAAGCAGUUUUGUAGAAGAGGAACAUCAAACCUGGUAUUUUCUUAUCAAUACGCUUUGUUUGGUGCUGUGUCAGGAACUUUGUAGAAACAAUUUUCUUCUGAAAGAGUAUGACCCUCAACAUAGCACCAAUGUAAAACAAAACUUCGGGGAAGCCCCUGAGUACAAGAACAUAGACAUUCCAGCAGCAGAUAAUUCAAAAUUGGGCAAGACCACCUCUUCAGCUGAAUUCAUUAGAGGAUCAAAUAAGUGGAUAAGCUUAGCAAGUCCAUGGAUCAUCCUUAUUUGCUGUCGGCUGCUUCGAUCUUUGAAUCAGACAGGUGUCCAGUGGGCUCAUCAGCCAGACUUUGGACAUUGGCUGACAAGCUCUGAACAUAAAUCUGAAUUGUCCUUCUUGGCUGCAGUAUCCCUACUUAUGCUCUUCUUUCUGGUUCAAAGAAGAUGCUCCCUGGUUUCAAAAAUUGCUAUGGCACUUGGGCUCCUGGGAGUCUACAGUUACCGGGCAGCUAUUGGAAAUGUCAUAUUUCCAUGGCAACAUGGCAGCAAAGAUAUUUCAAAGGGGAUUACUGAAGCUCGUUUUGUUUAUGUCUUUGUUCUUGGCAUAGUCUUCACUGGCACCAAAGAUUUGCUAAAGUCACAGGUUAUUUCUUCAGACUCCAGCGUGAAGAGUACAGGAUUAUGGGAAGUGUAUAGUGGAUUGGUUCUACUAGCAGCCCUUCUAUUUAGACCUCACAAUUUACCAGUCUUGGUGUUUUGUCUGUUGAUUCAGACAAUGAUGACAAAAUACAUCUGGAGACCUUUGAAAUUUGAUGCAGCACAGAUUACUAUCAUGCACUACUGGUUUGGCCAAGCUUUCUUCUAUUUUCAGGGAAAUUCAAAUGGCAUUGCUACUGUGGAUAUUUCAGCAGGUUUUGUGGGACUAGAAAGCUACGUGGAAAUACCAGCUAUCUUCCUUACAGCAUUUGCAACAUAUGCAGGACCUUUGCUUUGGGCCAUUCAUCUGCUGUGUUACUUGAGUUCUGAAGUUAGCAGGAAUUCAGCAGCAGUGGGUCACGGCUGUUUCUGCUAUGCUCUAAUGCGUUCACUUCCAGUUGCCGUAUACAUAGUUUUGGUGACAGGUCUGCGUUACCACCUGUUCAUAUGGAGCGUCUUCUCGCCAAAACUACUUUAUGAGGGAGUGCACGUGUUCAUCACAGCCAUGAUCUGCCUGUUCUUCACAGCCAUGGAUCACAACCACUCUCACAAAGUGGAAGAUUGA